UAUGGAGAAAGAAGGAUUAGCUAUGAAUAAUGGAACAUAAAUGAUGGCAGCAAUAAAUUUAGAAACUUUAAUGAGAUCAUAAUAUGUUAUGAAUGCAGCAGAUUUAGCUUUAGGAUUAACAAGUUAUGCUUUAUAAAGUAAUAUAUUAUUUUUAUAUAUUAAAUUAAAUAGUUAAUUAUAAUUUCUUAAAAUGUAAUUAAGAAAAUAAUUAUUAUAAAACAAUAAAUAUUACUUUAAAUUUAAUUGGAGAGACAUGGUAGACAUAGUAGAUAUUAUAAGAAUAAAAUAAAACAAAUCCAAAAAGUAUUUAGAGUACUUUUACUAUUCAUUAAACAAUAAGAUAAUCAAUAGAAGAGAAUUUAAAAAUCUUAGAAAGAGAAAUAAAUUCAACCAGUGAUAAUCCUAUUAUUGAUAAUGAACAUUAAUCUGCAAGAUCAGGUGGUAAUUUUCAUGGAGAAUAUAUGGGAAUAUUGGCUGAUAAUAUGUGUAUAGCUUUAUAAAGACUAUGUAUAUUUAGUGAAGUAUUCUAAUUAUCUGUAUUGUAAAUUAGAGAAGAUAAGAAAGAUUAGUAAAUUCUGAAAUUGGUGAUUAUGUUUUUAACAUCUAAAGGAGGAUUACUUAAUGGAUAUAUGAUUCCUUAGUAUACAAGUGCUGCUUUAGUCUCUGAAAAUAAAGUACUUAGUCAUCCUAGUUGUAUUGAUACUGUUCCUACUUCUGCUAAUAUAGAAGAUCAUGUCUCUAUGGGAGCAUAUACUGCUAGAAAAGCAAUUUAAGUUGUUUAAAAUACUGAAUAUAUUAUUGCUAUUGAAUUAAUGUAUGCUGCAUGAGGAUUAGAAUUUGCUAAAAAUUAAUUACCACCUAAAAUUUAACAUUGUCUUCAAUUUAUUAGAAAUAUUAUUCCUAAUGUUAAAACUUAAGUACCCCAUUUAUAUUUAUACUUCAAGGAUAUUUUUAUGAAUUAAUAUAUGUUGAAAUAAUG